AAAUGUCAAAACCAUUUUCCGCCUUCCUCCUAAACCCAUAAAUUUGAACUAAUAUAAGAACGAAAACUCAAACAACCCGAAUAUUGCGCCGUAAUCGGACGCCUAGCUUGUCGCCGGCGAGGGAGAUCCAAUAUGAGGGCUGUAGUUCAGCGUGUUGCUUCAGCCAGUGUAGAGGUAGAAGGGCGUAUUGUAUCAGCAAUCGGGCCGGGCUUGCUGGUUCUGGUCGGGCUUCAUGAAUCUGACGUUGACUCCGAUGCUGACUACAUAUGUCGGAAAGUGUUGAACAUGAGACUGUUCCCAAAUGAGGAAACUGGAAAGACAUGGGAUCACAGUGUAGUUCAGAAGAGUUAUGAAAUUCUGUUAGUGAGUCAGUUUACACUGUAUGGGGUUCUGAAGGGAAACAAGCCGGAUUUUCACGUUGCAAUGCCUCCUGAGAAAGCGAAACCCUUCUAUGCCUCUUUGGUUGAGAAAUUCCAGAAAGCUUACAAACAGGAUGCAGUCAAAGAUGGUAUCUUUGGAGCAAUGAUGAAGGUUAACUUGGUUAAUGAUGGUCCUGUCACGAUGCAUCUUGAUUCAGCACAACCGUCAAAAUGAGGCAUGAAACAAUUGAUGAAGUGAUUCCUAUGCGCUUUGGUAGCAGUUUGGAUGAUAAAUCUCACAUUCUGAAAGCCAACAAGUGUUGGGUUAUUCAUUCAUAAAAUUUUUGUAACCUGAAAUCUCGAAAGGAGUCAAAAAGGGGGAAAAGAACAAUUUUCCCCCCCUAUCUUAACAAGAAGAAAUGUAAAGUUACCCAGGUGGAAUUUUAUUAUUCGCACAUGACUAUGCUCCAAACUCUUUCAUUUGGAUUUAAGUGUCAUGGAUAUGAACCUUCAGUUUAUGGUUGUUAUCGCUUGUUGAAAUA